AUGUUGAUAGAGUCUGCGACAACCACGCGCCCAAGACGAAGUAUUACCGAGCGCCAGAGAAAGCUGUGUAAUCCUGAAAUGCGCCCACUUCUUGAAUGGGAGCUGAAAGCUGAAGUCGCUUGCGCCAAGGAACUCCAUGCCCAACCAGACUUCGACAAACUCCUCACGAGAUUUCGUGAGACCAAAACUCGGGUCGCCUUCUCUCUCGAAGGGCUCGAUAUCGCUGCUUUGAUGAGACAUCAGGCGAACUCAAGACCAGGUACUGGUAAGCUUUCACCUACUAUUUUCAUGGAAGAAUGCGACUUCCACGACGAAAACCGCAUUGCUUGUCUUGUUGCAAAGAUCAAACCCAAAGUAUCGGAACAGCUGCGCAACCAGACAGAUAAAGAGAUGCUGGAACACCGCAAGGCACUCUUGGCCUGCUUCGAUUGGCGCAAUAACUCCGUUCUGAAAUCCAGCACGCCUUUCUUCCCUGGUACUCUCGGCAAAUGCAAAGAGUGUCAUCGAGAGACUCAGCGAUCCGAACGUUCCAAGGUCGCGGAUUGA